CUGAUGAAGACGGCCGUGUUCAAGGAGUUCAAGACGGCGCAGAGGUUCAUUCCCAACGACAGCCGCCACGGCGGGGGUCGGGCCGAAAGGAUUUUGGCCAAGGGGCUCAGCGGGCUCAACUCCAGCCGACACGGUCACGGCGGUGCCUCCCUCAACACGAGUCGUCACGCCGGCGGCACCGGCGGUGGCGGCGGCGAUGGGGGCGGGGCAGUGGACACCCGUCCGGCGAUCGUGCGCGCGGCAACAUCGCUGAACGAGAGCCGCCACAAGCUGACACAGGGGCUGCGGCGCACCGUUAGCCGCAGCCAUCUGUCCGACGCCGACCAAGGGCAGAUGCAGUCUCCGGGUCCGAUCUGUCACAGCAUGGUCGUGGAGGAAGGGUCUUACAUCCUCAUCCUCAAGGGAACUCUACGCCGAAGGGUUGGGACAGCCACCUUGUCCUCGCUGAAGGAGGAGAAGGCUGUCACCAUCAUUCGCGAUGUAGGCGGCCCCGUGGAGUUUACGGAGGGGUCGGUGGUGUUCAUCAUGCCGGCCGUCCUCAUGGCAAGGGCCUCCACGGCCCACCAGAUGCUGAUGCGCGAGAUCGAGCAGCGACACCGCGACCUGACGGCGGCGGCCGCGGCGGAUGGGAUGAGAUCGCUCAAGCUAGAGUCGGGGAUUGUGUCCAUGGACGCCGGGGCGUCUCCUGGGCCGAGAUUGGCGAAGGUGGUGCGAAGGUUGUUUCAUGUGGGUUGA